CUUGUGUACCCAUGUUUACCCUUAGCUAGUAAUACUGUAUACCCUGUAUAUACCCCUAUAUAUCUUGUGUACCCAUGUUUACCCUAAUAGUACUGUAUACCCUGUAUACCCCUAUAUACCUUAUUGCCCCGUUUACCCUGGUAAUACUGUAUACCCUGCAUACCCCUAUAUACCUUGUGCACCCAUGUUUACCCUAAUAGUACUGUAUACCCUGUAUGCCCCUAUAUAUCUUGUGUACCCAUGUUCACUCUAGUAGUACUGUAUACCCUGCAUACCCCUAUAUACCUUGUGCACCCAUGUCUACCCUAAUAGUACUGUAUACCCUCUAUGCCCCUUUAUAUCUUGUGUGCCCAUGUUUUCCCCAUAAAAAUACUGUAUACCCUGUAUAUAUGUGUACCCAUGAAUACCCUAGUAAUACUGUAUACCUUGUAUGCCCCCUAUAUAUCCUGUGUACUCAUGUUUACCCAAGUAAUACUGUAUACCCUGUAUGCCCUUAUAUAUCUUGUGUACCCAUGUUUACUCUAGUAGUACUGUAUACCCUGCAUACCCCUAUAUACCUUGUGCACCCAUGUUUACCCUAGUAGUACUGUAUACCCUGCAUACCCCUAUAUAUCUUGUGCACCCAUGUUUACCCUAAUAGUACUGUAUACCCUGUAUACCCCUAUAUACCUUGUGCACCCACGUUUACCCUAGUAAUACAUGUACACCCUGCAUACCCCUGUAUACCUUGUGUACCCAUGUUUACCCUUGUAAUACUGUAUACCCUGUAUACCCCUAUAUACCUUGUGCACCCACGUUUACCCUAGUAAUACUGUAUACCCUGCAUACCCCUAUAUACCUUGUGCACCCAUGUUUACCCUAAUAGUACUGUAUACCCUGUAUACCCCUAUAUACCUUGUGUACCCAUGUUUACCCUAGUAAUACUGUAUACCCUGUAUACCCCUAUAUACCUUGCGUACCCAUGUUUACCCUUAGCAAGUAAUACUGUAUACCCUGUAUAUACCCCUAUAUAUCUUGUGUACCCAUGUUUACCCUAAUAGUACUGUAUACCCUGUAUACCCCUAUAUACCUUGUGCACCCACGUUUACCCUGGUAAUACUGUAUACCCUGCAUACCCCUAUAUACCUUGUGCACCCAUGUUUACCCUAAUAGUACUGUAUACCCUGUAUACCCCUAUAUACCUUGUGUACCCAUGUUCACUCUAGUAGUACUGUAUACCCUGCAUACCCCUAUAUACCUUGUGCACCCAUGUCUACCCUAAUAGUACUGUAUACCCUCUAUACCCCUUUAUAUCUUGUGUACCCAUGUUUUCCCUAAAAAUACUGUAUACCCUGUAUACCCCUGUGUACCCAUGAAUACCCUAGUAAUACUGUAUACCUUGUAUACCCUAUAUAUCCUGUGUACUCAUGUUUACCCAAUUAAUACUGUAUACCCUGUAUACCCUUAUAUAUCUUGUGUACCCAUGUUUACUCUAGUAGUACUGUAUACCCUGCAUACCCCUAUAUACCUUGUGCACCCAUGUUUACCCUAGUAGUACUGUAUACCCUGCAUACCCCUAUAUAUCUUGUGCACCCAUGUUUACCCUAAUAGUACUGUAUACCCUGUAUACCCCUAUAUACCUUGUGUGUGUGCCAUGUUUACCCUGUAAUACUGUAUACCCUGUAUACCCUGUAUCUUGUGUGCCCAUGUUUACCCCUAAUAGUACUAUCUUAUACCUUGUUACCCAUGUUUACCCUAAUAAUACUGUAUACCCUGUAUACCCCUAUAUAUUUACCCAUAUUUACCCUAUAUACCUUGUGCACCCAUGUUUACCCCUAGUAAUACUGUAUACCCUGUAUACCCCUAUAUAUCUUGUGCACCCAUGUUUACCCUAAUAGUACUGUAUACCCUGUAUACCCUAUAUAUCUUGUGUACCCAUGUUUACCCUAGUAGUACUGUAUACCCUGUAUACCCCUAUAUAUCUUGUGUACCCAUGUUUACCCUAAUAGUACUGUUUACCCUAAUAUGCCUUUAUACCUUGUGUACCCAUGUUUUCCU